AAGCUCGUCCUCGUCGGCCUCGACGGCGCCGGGAAGAGCACGCUCCUGCAGACGAUGCUCGGGGAGAAGCCCGAGAAGACGAUGCCGACGUUCGGGUUCAACAACGCGCGCACGAAGCAGCGCGGGUUCGACAUCGACCUGUUCGACCUCGGCGGCGGGAAGCGAAUCAGAGGGAUAUGGAAGGCGUACAUGGCGGACGUGCACGGAUGCGUCUUCGUCGUCGACGCCGCGGACGCGGACCGCCUGGACGAGUGCCGCGAGGUGUUCGCGGAUACGUUACGCGAUCCGCACCUCAGCGGGAAGCCCAUCGUCGUCUUCGCGAACAAGCAGGACCUCCCGAGCGCCAAGUCUGAGGCGCAGAUCGCGACCGCGCUCGGGCUCGCGACGCUGCAAAAC